AUGAGUAUAGAUGAUCUACCCGAUAGCCUAUUGGCUGAAAUCCUAUUUCAACUUCCUUGCGAAUCCGUUACUAGAUUCAAGUCCGUGUCGAAGCGUUGGCUCGCCCUAAUUUCUGAUCCUUCUUUUGUUAAUCUGACAAGAGGUACUUUGUUUUUCCAAUCCGAAUUUCAACACGAAACGGAAAAUUUUACCAUGUCUGUGGAGCAUUCGGGUGUCAAAUCACGCAGUUUCUCUUUGAGUUUCGUCCCCUGUUAUCAAGAGCCAAUAAAAACUGAUGAUGGUGGUCCGGUUGUGGUAGGGACGCAUAAUGACUUAGUUUUGUGUUGUGCAACCCGAUGCCAUCAACGCGAGUACUACAUCUGUAAUCCACACACGAAGCGAUGGGUUGGUCUUCCUCCAGCACCUCAAUGCCAGUUUGCUUUUGUGGAAGUAGGAUUCUUGUGUGAUGCAGACUAUAACAAGAAGGAAGACGAUAAAAGAAAACACAGCAGUAGUAUCUUUAAUGCCUAUGAGUAUAGGUAUGUGGUUGUGAGAAUUUUACACACGCUCCCGUGCAGUACCCGAAAAUUCGAGGUGGAGAUAUUCUCUUCUGAAACUGGUGAAUGGAGAAAGUCAGUCGUAUCAUACUCAUCAGGAAUUAAAGGUUAUGGAGCGUCUGUUUUUUGUGGACACUCAAUUGCGUACAAUGGAAUGUUGUAUUGGCCUGGUUAUCUUGGCGUAGUUGCUCGGAUGGAUCCGUUCAACAAGAACAGUACUACUAGUACUGGUGUUGGUGAUAUCACUAUUGAUAAAUUUCGUUUCACGGCAUUUGAUAAGCGUGUAGACGAUCACAUUAGUACUGAACACUACCGCUUAGGCAUGUGUCAAGGGCGUCUGCGUAUGUGCCAUGUGUUUGUUCCCCUAGUUCCCCGUUGUCCAACAAAAUUAAUUCUGAGUAUUUGGGAGUUGAAAGAAGAAGAAGAGACGGCCGCUGACGGGGGAGAGAAAUGGUGUUUGAUAGAGAGGGUCUCCACGGACCAAAUGGUUUCAGAAGAUCCACCGAUUACUAAAUGGCUAAACAGCUGGAAAGAUUGGUACGUCAACGUGCUAGGUUUAGACCCAAAUAAUGAAGAAAUCGUGUAUCUCCAUGUGCUACAACUAAUUGUGAUCUGCAACAUCCGCACAAGAACAUUAAAGAUAGCAAGAAGGGGUGCGGCUCCUCCUUGGAUAGAAUGCUUCCCUUUCGAGCUCCCCUGUUGGCCAACACCACUUACUAAUUUGCCAUGA